AGGUGGGUUGUCACCGUUAUUUCCCAACGCAUGCGCCAUCGCUCUCUCGGCCACUCCAAGCUAAUUAGAUCAGAUCAACACCCCUACCCCACCCCCGCCCGAGCCACCAACACACACCGCCGCGAGCCAAUAAAGCUUGAACCCGUCCGUCCAGCUCGCACUUGAAGACUUCGCGAGCAGCCGCGGGGACGCCAGUCUAGCUGAAAGACGCUCGCUUAGCGCUUCUCCGAUCCCAGUGCACCUGACUGCACCCGCUCAGCGGACACCGGCGACCUUCGGCGUAGUUGGAAACGCCACGCGCGGUCCCUGGUACGCUCUGUCCUCAGAACGUGGACACGCCUCGGCGACUCUUUCCUUGAACUGUCCCUAUUCCGGCGCCUCAACCCCGAUCCAGUGGAAGAGAAGGUGGGACGACUACCCGAACUCGACUUACGGGAGCGAACCGCGCCGGGCCAGGAGGAAUUGAAGAUGCCCCGCGCGUUCCUGGUGAAGAAGCCAUGCGUCUCCACGUGCAAGAGAAACUGGAGCGAGCUCCCGGACGAGGAGCGCGGGGAGAUCUACGUGCCAGUCAGCCUCGGCUUCUGCCCACCGCAGCCCUACCGCGAACCAGAGGCAUCAGUGGCCGAGCCGCCUUCUUGCCCCCUGGCUUUGGACAUGAGCCUUCGAGACUCCAGCUAUGGUGUGGCCUCAGGACCCUGCGCGGUGGCUCAGCUGCCCCCUGAGGAUGUGAACCAUCUGACGGACCCCCAGAGCAGAGACCAGGGCUUCCUACGAACCAAGAUGAAGGUGACCUUGGGGGACAGUCCAAAUGGAGACCUUUUUACCUGUCACAUCUGCCAGAAGUCCUUCACCUACCAGCGCAUGCUGAACCGACACAUGAAGUGUCACAAUGACGUCAAGAGGCAUCUCUGCACUUACUGUGGGAAGGGUUUCAAUGACACCUUUGACCUCAAGAGACAUGUCCGAACCCACACUGGUGUGAGGCCCUACAAGUGCAGUCUGUGUGACAAGGCCUUCACCCAGCGCUGCUCUCUGGAGUCUCACCUCAAGAAGAUCCAUGGUGUGCAGCAGAAGUAUGCGUAUAAGGAGCGCCGGGCCAAGCUGUAUGUGUGUGAGGAGUGUGGCUGCACUUCUGAGAGUCAGGAGGGCCAUGUCCUGCACCUCAAGGAACACCACCCUGACAGCCCACUGCUGCGCAAGACCUCCAAGAAGGUGGCUGUGGCUCUGCAGAACACUGUCACAUCCCUGCUGCAAGGCAGCCCCCAUCUCUGAGCAACGCAGGCUCUGGAAGGACCAGGUUCACUUCCUGCUGCUCAGCCAUUCGCCUUCCUGCAACCUCUUGCUAGAACACCAGUGAUCGGGACCAGAGCUCCACCGCCUCACUCCAGGCACACUCGCACAAUUAGGCACUGACUUCCGCUCGGUUUGGGAAGUCUGUCUUUUGGGCAGAGCCCACUCUGAGCUUGGGACCGUGGGUGCCUGUGUCCAGGCAGGGGUGAGGCCGAGAAAGUAAAAAGAGCUGUGGAUAGACACAGGCCGUUUCACUGCAGCAGGACUUUGCAGAUGUGCUGAGAGGGGAUCCCGAGGACAAGAUGGACGACGGAUGCCCAUGGAGAGCAGAAUUGAGACACCAGCAAAGAGCACCUGGCAAACAACUGCAGUGGUGGUGCUGGCUGCAGCCCUCGUGCCCGCAGGGCUAGCUCUCAGGGUUCCAGGGGCUCUCUCCCCUUCAUCAGAGGCCCACCUGUGAACAGCCGUGCACAUGUGUGUGUGUGUGUGUGUGCGUGUGUCACACUGCUCUCUGUGAUCUCUUCACGUGUGCGUGUGCACUCCUGGUCUUCCCACAUAUCACCUCAUUCGUAAGAAGCCAACACAAGGUGCCAAGGAGGUUUUAUUUCCUUUUUUUUUUUUAAAGAUGACAAAUGUACAGAUAUUAAUAUAUUUUUGGUGCCCACAGUAAGACUGUUUAGUAAGAUUAAAAGGGGGAGGAGCUGGCUUUUUCUCCACUCCCAUUGGUUCUAUUUAUCCUGGACAUUUCAAACCUCCUCUGUGCCUUGGUUCUGGGGUGGUUAUUCAGACCCACCCUGUUCUCUGAGAUGUUUCAUUAAAGACCUUCCUCCUGCUUCGCCCAGAAGAUGGACUGUCCCUCCUGUCCUCUCCUGGACAGAGCCUCGCCUCUUUCCUCCCUCCCUGGCUCCACGUCCUUCUCAGGGCCCCAGUUUUCCUGCUAAGCCUGAUGAGCCCUGACUGGGUGUGGCCCAAGGCUGAGGGUGGGUCCUACGGAUGCUCUUCAAGUAGAUGGGAUGGCGAUUUGACACCACGUCCAAGUCCACAUCUGAGGUUCUAAGGUAAGGGCAAGAACAGGCUGGGAGUCUAGGUUUAUUUCUUCGCUAAGUCAAAAAUUCUUGAGUAGCAGCAAAAUUUGAGACAGAAUAAUAAUCCACAUACCAGAGACUUUGAGAGGGAGCGUGUAGGCGGCUAAUAAAGCUGCUCUCUUGUCUUUCUUCUGUUUCCCAAAUGCCUUUGGGCCGAGUGGCUCCCCUGAGGAAGUAGGUCUUUGUCCACUGGGGUGUCUGGGUAUCCUGCUGAGACCAAACAAGGGUGUGGGUCAAAGGGUGUGUGUCUCACGCACCCAAGGAGUUAUAGCCGACCUGCAGGGAUUAAGAGACGCAGACCCGGAACAUGGCGGGCUGGGAAGCCCUUGAAUGCCCAACAGUCCGACCUCCCUGCCUUAUGUGUGUAGCACACAGAUGACGCAGGAUCUGACCCCAGCACGGGCUCUCAAGAGAACGAAGUCAAAGAAGUCUUCCUAGGCUAUCUCUGAACUCCGUACGGACUGAUCUGAAGACUUGUUUCAUCUUUCCUCAGCGUGUCUGGGCUACCGCACUCUUAAGUUCUCGAAUGUAAAAGUCACCACGACUGGAAGCACUGUGUUUACAUCUCUGUGUCUGUAAGCUCAUUGCCAAUCUGGGGCUAUCAUAAGCUUUGUGUUGUCUGUCUUGUUUUAUAAGCUCCUAGCCAGCCAGUAAAGUGAGAGAACUAAUAUUUUCUGUACUUCUGGGUUUUUGUUGUUUGUGUUUUCCCCUUGGACCUUUUUUCUUCAUGCAAAGAAAUUCAUUAAAACAACUGCUGUUUCUUGCCAAACCUU